UGCACCUGCAGUAAAGUUCCACCGCAGUUAGAGUUCCGGGUGGUGCGUGUGAGGCGGAGCUCGGCAGUUCCGUCUGCUUCAUCCGCAGCGUCUCCCUGUCUGUCUCGUUGCAUUCUCCAGAGAGGGACGGACUUCCUCUGUCAGAAAAAUGUCUGCUCCAGCUCAGCCACCUGCUGAAGGAACAGAAGGGGCUGCCCCCGGUGGGGGUCCUCCUGGUCCUCCUCCUAAUCUGACCAGUAAUAGACGACUCCAGCAAACCCAGGCACAAGUGGAGGAGGUGGUGGACAUCAUGCGUGUGAAUGUGGACAAGGUCCUGGAGAGGGACCAGAAGCUGUCGGAGUUGGAUGACCGAGCUGACGCCUUGCAGGCAGGAGCAUCACAGUUUGAGAGCAGUGCUGCCAAGCUGAAAAGGAAGUACUGGUGGAAAAACUGCAAGAUGAUGAUUAUGCUGGGAGCUAUCUGUGCCAUCAUCGUGGUAGUUAUUGUAAUCUACUUUUUUACUUGAGAAUGUGCCAUCCCUCCCUGUUCUCCAUUGCCAUCCAAGCUCAUGUCUUUUUCUCUCGGUUUGCUCUCUCAACAAACUCCUCCAUCUGCCUUUCUCCAUUCAGCCCAGGCUUCUCCGCCAUCCACACCUCCUUUUUUGUUGCAUACGUUUGCACUCUCUUCCUUGACACUAGAAAUGCUGCUCGUGGCACAGUCUUGAAGUCACUACCCAAAGAGCAAUGGCUGGCACCUCCUCUUUACCCAGUUUUUGUGUAUCCCAGAGCUUGAAAGAGUUGUGGCUAAGGGAAGAGGGGGAGGGGAAUGGGAAUGGCAGAGAUGAAGUGUCUGAGAAGUUGGCAUGGCUGAGGGAAGGAGAAUGGUAUUUGUGUCCAUAGUGUCUCCUAGAAAGGCUGGCCUCAGCAGGAGGGGACCCAGACUGGUUGGGAAGUCGUAGCCUGCUGCCUGUUUUACACACACCACACACACACACACACACACACACACACACACACACACUAGUUGGUAACCACCACUACCUUGCUGCCCUCAUUUGGAACUUUUCCCUCACACCAGGCCUGUCUCGGGUCCCAGAGGUCUGUUUAAAGGCCAAUUUUGAAUCCCUUUUAGAAAGUCCAACUUGUAUUUUGUAGUUACUGCUUAUCUGUCAGUCCAAGAUUUUCUAUGUCUUUGGGGAACUCUACAGCCUUUCACUCUGUUCUCUGGAGGCCUAGAAAACAAGUACUUCCUGGUUAUAAAACAGCAGGAGACCGUUAGUUUCUCCUAGAAGCUCUCCCACUUUCUUCUGGCUAGAAGGAGCUGCUGUCUCCUCGUGUUUUUUGAAGCAUUCUGUGUUCAUGAGGGCACCAAAUAAUCCCAGUGAAUCGGCUUUGAAGAUAGCAGACUUUCGGGAACAUGCCUCUUGCCGUUUCGUUAAUGAAGUCCCUCCCUCGACCUCCCUUGCUGUUGAUAAUGGGAAAUGGGUGUGAAACGGUGAGACCCCCAGGCUCCCACAGAACCCCUUCUUCCACACCACUCCCAUGUUCUUGCCUGAGAUAGGGAUGAGGCAGGAGGACCUUUACAGAUUUACACAAGUCCAGCAAACCAAACCCCGCAGCUCAGUCUUGGGGGGGAGGGGUGCCAGCCUGUGACAGGUGUGCUGUGCCCUGCUGUGCCAGCGUGGGGCCUUGCAUCUGGAGCUGUCUGCUGCUCCUCCUCCAGUCCCUUCUCUGGAGCCGUCCUCACCCAUCUGAAUUCUGCAUCACCUCCUUUCUUUACUCCCUUGCAUGCUCUGUGUGUAUAGACGCUGAAACCUGAGGAUGGGCGCUGCUCGGUCUGUCUUGGGAGCCGCUGCUGAGCCUCAUGAUAGGAUGCUGCAUGCGAUAAACCCAGGUGCUAGUGGAGGAGAGCAGGAGGGGGGAUUUAGACCUUCUUUACUUCUAUCCUCGGGUCCACAAGCAGGAAGAGGCUGGGGCCGUGCUAGCCUGGGGUGCCCACUUUGCACGCAGCAGCAUUUCAUUCUGCAAAACCAUCCUUCUUUUCCCGUUGCCCAUUUCCCACAUUCCCUUCGUCCUGCCUCGAGGCAGGACUGAAGAGCUGGAAGAAAGCGGUCAGUGUCCUCUCCCAACGUUCCUCUCGAAGGUCUCCACUAUCCUCUGGGCUUCUCUUUGCCUAAUGCAGGGGGGUCACCGCCGGAGAAGAACCAACACUGUCCUCGAUGUACUCCGAGCCUGGAGCAAAUUUACCCUGUUGGCCCACCCGGCCCUAGCACGGGAAUUCUUCUGGGUUUCUGUCCCUCUAAGGCUUACCAGGUGUAGUUGGUUCUGUUCUUUUGGGGUGUUUGCCCUUCUACUUUCUUUUUUACCCCACCCUGAACCCUCUUCUACGUCUUUGCAGUCUCCUUUCCUUCCCACAGCCCAUGUGCAUGAGCAAAUAUGCACCUAAACCCUGGGACUUUGCAGCCAGUUGAAGCCAAGCUUCCCACAUCCCCUUCUUUGGUUUGCCAUGGGACGAUGUGGGCUUUCCAUUGUGUCUGUCAUCCCCUCUGUCUGUUUCCUAACCCAGUCUCAUAGUUUAUGUAUAGAGUAGUAAGAGUUGUAUUUCCACCAAAGGCAUGUGACAUAUCUACCAAUUUCAUGUAUUCUCAACGAAGGCGAAAAAUACAGAUUCCUACCACAACA